AUGGCCACACACCGGUUUUCCAAGUCUAUCGUUUAUUUUGGUGAAAAAUAUGUUGAGUUAAACGAUGGUGAGGUUACGUUAAAUGAGCUCUGUGAGGCGUUUGAAAUCCCCUACGAGCCCGGAGCGAAUCUCAAGGAUCGCGAUACGGGUAGUAUCAUCGCAACGCUUCCCUCGGAUAUCGUUGUUAGCGCUUCGCAUAGCCAAUCGCACAAGACGGAUGGCGCUGACGUAGGGGAGGUGGCUGAGUUUUUUCCUCAAACCGUAGAAACCGUAGACGUGAAGGAUGGUAACGGAAGCGGAGAUGAAAACGAGGAAAAUCAAAGAAGCGAUACGGUCGGGGUGCGUUUACUGGAGUUAUGCGUCCCUGUAGUGACGGAUCCGGCGUCGGUUGUAAGAGGGCGGGAUGGGAAUCCUUCGGAUGUCGUCGCGCCGAGAUCGGGGGCGAAUCCUACCGCCCUGAUGGAUGAUGUCCUCCUCGAAUUAGCUCGAUUAGGCGCCGUGGAGUUGCUUUUGCCGGAGCUCCCGCAGCGUUUAGCGCAUCUUUUGCCUUAUCAGCCUCAGGAUGCGCCAGGGCUGUUAGGGCAGAUUAUGUACCCCCCUUCGGUGUACUCCCCGUAUCGAAAUCGGCGGGAUCCGUUGGAUUCUUCGCCAGCCGCCUCCCAUGGCAACACGCGCUUUCGUUACGGCCUCAAAACCCCUUUUGGCGUCGAGGAUUCGACGAGCGAUGCGGCCUGGCUAAAUCACAGGGAUGGCGCGCCGUACGUGAGUGCGUUGGAGACCUACGAGGUGGCGAGUUGCGAGCCUGGGAUGGAGGCCGCCAUGCUCACGUCUCGCCCAGACCUGGUUCCUUUCAAGGAUGCGGAGUUGCAGAGGAUACACCCCAUCACGACGGAAUAA